ACAAUACAAAUUCUCGUAAGGACAAGACAAUCACUCGCCGAGAGUGGGAUUGUUCGUACGGCAAUAUUUGUCUAUUUUGGCCCUAAUGGCCGCCCAUAUUCCAGCUAACUUAGGAUUGAGCGAUGACUCGCCCCCUGUUGUCAUAUGUUAUUUUUAGAGCUCUUUUAAAGAAAAGAGAAUGAACUUUUGUAGUGUCACAAUGUCCGCCAUCAUUCGUCGAUACAUAUAUAUUGUUUUAUAGCAAUUAUACAUGAUUAUAUGUUUGAAAGUUUUGACCUGUUCCCGGUAUGACCACAACAAUUAGUGGAUUUGAUAGAGCCGCAGGCAUAGUAGACCAGGCUCUAGGAUAUGGGCCUAGACUCCUAGUAGUAUUAACUAGGGCUAUAGCAAAGAACUGACAAUGGAUGUUAUUGGAUACUGUGGAUUGUUAUGCGCUUCUCAUCCAUUUGAGGUUAUCAUAAGCACCUUGACCUUAGCUAUCUAUCUGUUGUCUGCUAACCUUGGCCUCAAAAUCCUGCCACAUUGUGGUAGUGCAAGUAAUUAUUGUACAGAAGCAAAGGAUGAGGCUGUGUUUGGUGACAUUUUGAUGACCUUUGCCCGAUCACUAGCUGUCUGUUACAUCUACUUUCAAUUUCGAAACUUAAAGAAGAAGCACUCAAAAUAUGUCAUUGGAAUUGCAGCUAUAUUCACUAUACUGUGUAUGUUAAUAUUUGGCACUGUUGCUGUACAUGUGUUUCAUAAAGACAUUAUUGCUGUUAAUGACGUGCUACCAGUCUUCCUUCUGAUGAUGGAUUUGUCCAAAUCCAGUAAGCUCACAAGUUAUGCAAUUGCUGCAGAAUCUGAGGUCAAACUUGCAGAAAAUAUAGCUCAUGGACUGAGGAUUAUGGCGCCCUCAGUGACAUUGGAUGCUGUUGUUAUGGCCUUAGCCUUCGCUCUGGGCUCACAAUCAGGUGUCCAUCAGUUGGAGUUGAUGUGUUUGUUUGCGUGUGUUGCUAUCAUUACUAAUUACAUUGUCUUCAUGACAGUCUUCCCAGCAUGCCUUUCACUGGUGCUUGAGCUUUGUAAUCAUGGAGUGCCUGGACAUCCUGUAUGGAAGCAAGGCAAGCCCUUGGAGCUGGUAGAUGAACAGGAGACCAGGACAGCUAACCCUGUACUGCAGAAAGUCAAACUAGUAAUGUCGUUUGGUUUAGCUGUUGUGCACGCCCACAGAUUCACAUCUCCAAGUGUAGUGAAUGAAAGAAACAACCAAACACUGUUUGACUCAUCUGGGGAAGAGGCCCGUCAACACCGUCUACCAACAUGGCAAACUUAUGUUAUGCGGGCUGUCAGUAUGAAUGUAGAACAAGUGUUCACCUCAGUAUUAGCUCUAGUUCUCAUGGCCAAGUUCUUCUUCAUCGACACUGCAGAUACUAAAAAGCGGAUCAGGUUCACCAGCGAACAAUCAAAUAGUGACAUGUAUGAUGGUAUUGACUUGCCAUCAAUGAUGUAUAAAUCUAAGGAAGUGACAGAUGUAGAAACACAAACUGCUUCUAACACAAAACCAAAGAGGAUCUUUCAUAUUGGUAGUAUAGCCUCAGAAAGCUCUUCUGAUAGUGAAAGGGAAACGGAAGAGGAUGAACCAACUUCUAUCCCAAAGGAACCGAGACCAUUACAAGAAUGUCUGCAAAUCCUGAACAAUCUGGACAAUGGUCCGGAUCAACUCAGCAAUGAAGAGGUUAAACAGCUGGUAUUAGCCAAGCACAUUCCAUCAUACAAAAUGGAAGACGUUUUACAGGAUUAUGAAAGAGGUGUCCAGAUUCGUAGGGAUAUUGUAACAGACAAAUUAUGUGAUCAGGAAUCGUUGAAAGAUCUUCCAUUUAAAGGAUAUCAAUACAAUUUGGUGCAUGGAGCUUGCUGUGAAAAUGUGAUAGGCUAUAUGCCCCUACCGGUCGGCACUGCUGGACCCCUCACAGUCGAUGGAAAACAGUAUAUGGUUCCUAUGGCAACCACUGAAGGAACGCUUGUUGCUAGUACAAAUCGAGGCUGUCGAGCAUUGCAGGAAUCAGGAGGUGUCAUUACUGCUGUCUACAAAGAUGGGAUGACAAGAGCACCAGUACUGCAGCUACCAUCAAUUCAAGAUGUCAGCAAAGUGAAACAAUGGUUAGAUAAUGAUGACAACUUUCAACUAUUGAAGCAAACAUUUGAUUCAACCAGUAGUUUUGCUAAGCUGACCUCAGUGCAGCCUUCAAUUGCAGGUCGUAAUUUGUACCUACGCUUCUUAGCAUCCACCGGUGAUGCCAUGGGGAUGAACAUGGUCUCAAAGGGUACAGAAAAAUCAUUGAAGUUACUACAGGAGAUAUUUCCCCAGCUGGAGGUCCUCAGUCUGAGUGGAAAUGUCUGCACCGACAAAAAACCAGCAGCUAUCAAUUGGAUUGAGGGGAGGGGGAAGUCGGUAACCUGUGAAGCUAUCAUUCCGGGGAAUGUUGUUAAAAAAGUACUGAAGACAUCUACGUCUGCACUAGUUAAUCUCAAUACCAAGAAAAACCUGAUAGGUUCUGCUGUUGCCGGGACUCUCGGAGGCUGCAAUGCACAUGCUGCUAAUAUUGUAACAGCUGUCUUUGUUGCAACUGGCCAGGAUAUAGCCCAAAACAUAGCAAGUUCCAACUGCUUAACAACGAUGGAGAGUACAGGUGAGAAUGGCGAAGAUUUGUAUAUGAGCUGUACGAUGCCGUCGGUUGAAGUUGGUACUAUUGGUGGUGGCACCAUACUACCAGCCCAGCAAUCAUGUCUACAGAUGCUUGGUGUAAAAGGUCCAUGUAUACAGGAGCCAGGUCGCAACGCAUCCAAUCUGGCUAGAAUCGUAUGUGCAGCUGUUCUUGCUGGAGAACUCUCACUCAUGUCCGCUCUAGCCGCUGGUCAUCUGGUCAAGAGUCACAUGAAACACAAUAGGUCGUCACAAAAUAUAGCUGAAGGUGAUGAUAUAGGCAAUAGUGCGAGUGAUACAGAUAAAAGGAAAACACAAGAAUCAGCAGUGAAGGAUAAACAAGAAACUGAAGAACACCUUAGAUACAGAGGCCACCCCAGGUGACGCUACACCACCGGAUACUAACUAGAUACCAACACACUUUCAGUUGAUGCGAUUGAACUUUGAUGUAAAGUAUGAUCCUGUUGGCUGCUCAUACAUACUGUACUAGCUAGGCCAGUUAUGCAUAACUUCUAGGCUAGCUAUACCCACCAGCUAUGUUGGCUAUACAUACCAGCUAUUGUAGGUUGCUCUCAAGUAUCUACUAGGUAGAUACUGUAUAUGUUUAGGAUGGACAUAUGACUCUGCUUGGCUAGCCAUAAGCACCUGCUUGACUUGUCCUAAGUAGAUAUUAGUCUGGAUAUAUUCACCUAUUAGCCAGCAAUUUGUACAUGCUAGGCUGGAUGCACAGCCUUACUAGUACUAGACAGCAAUAAGGCUAAUAUGCCCCUUCUUGGCUGACCCUGCUAGUCUGGCAAUAAGCACCCGAUUAGCUUAGCGAAGUGACCCUGCUAGACUGUCCAUGUCUGGUGAAUUCAUGUCAAGUCUUUAGUUUUCAUUGUUUUAAACUUUGAGAUGAUUUUCCUAGAAUUAAAAUUUAGUAUCUUAUUUUAUUCCAUUAAGUGCAAUUAAAUCAAGUGACUUGCUAAACAGUGUAAAAUGAUUAUUCAUAGCUCUAUUAUUAUUAAUUAUACUCAUAAAUCAGUAUUAAUGCAAGAACAGUACAGUUGUCCUGCAUACAUUAGAUCAUCUUUUGAAGAGACACCUUCAAGACCAAAAGAAGUGUUUCAUUAUAUUACAGUAGUAGGGUGUACCGUGAAUAGGGGUUGGUUUCAAUGUUAAAAGAUACCCGCAUUUUGUAUCUAAAAUAGGUGUCUACCAAGUGUUUUCAAAUUUCUAUGUUCAUGUACCAAUAAUUGUAGUAUUUAGUGAAGGAAUUUGUUGAAAAAUUACCUGGGAAAUUAAUUAAGUAUUAAGUAUGACAGUGCAUUGGUAUUUUGAUUCAGUCAGUAUUCAACAUGCAGCUAAAAAUAUUGCCACCAAAAAAUUUGAAUUGUGUUCUUAACCGUAAUAUUCAUAAAAUACAAUAUGAUGACAUUUUUUACAUUAAAAAUACAUCAACAUUACUAUUGUACAGUACUGUUGCAUGAAAUUUACUGGCUUUUUUUUUCACUGCCUUGAAAAUGCUUUCCACAGAGUCUGUCUCCACAGAGAGUAUAUCUGGGGAUGACAUCACACAUGAUUGUUUAACAUACCGUAGUAAGAUUUACAAUUAUUUACCACAUUAUGACCAAUGAGAAGAAUACAUUUAUGGUAAUACUGUAAUUAGCAAGUUUAAUAUUUUGAAUUUUUUAAUUGAAUGAUAAUGGAAAGGGACACUACAUCUUAACUGACUAAUCAGUAAUCUUUGAACAAAAGACAUAUCUCUGCUCUAUUAUUAGCCGGGGUUCCAGGCCCAAAUUUUGGGUUACUCAGUCUUUAUUGCGCUUAGUGCGCGCCAUACCUAAUUUAAUUGGCGUCCCAUAUUCGAUUUCUUUUAUUUUUGGAUUAUUGUAUUUUGUCUCAAAAUUAACUUGCUCGUAGGUGGCGCUGUCCAGAAUAAGAAAAACAAAUAAUAAUAAGGGACUUGUUGUAAGUCUACUUUAUUAUGUAAGUGUAUGCCUAUUUAUUUGUUGAUUUUAUCUUUAGCCUUGGUGCUGUGUGUUAUUUCAAUUUCAAAAGAAAAUAUAAUUUAUGAAUUCCAGUUGUAUUAAAUUACUUUGUAAGUCCCACCAACAAAACUAAAUUUAUGUAACUUGUAAUCAAGAAAUCUGGAAAGAAAUAUUGUAAUGUAAAGCUGGGCACACACUAUGUCGUAAAAUGGUUGUACGACAACUCGAACUCCGCUUCCUGUGAACACCAGACGAUGCGACGCCAUCUGCUGAUUGUCAGUGACAGUCCAAAUUUAUUGUUAUUAAAAACGAUGUGCUGUGCACAUGUUGUGGCGUUGCGUUUUCCAUAGGAUGUUGUCAGCCAACGACCAUGGGGGCGCAGCAAGUGCCUGCCUUAAGUCUGUGGUACUAGAACACUAGCACCUUCAUCAUUUUUUAAUUUAUGAAAUAUCGGAAUUAUAAUAAAUAUACAAAUUUAGUAA